GCCGCCGCCGCCGCCGCAGCCACCGCCCGCCCGGCUGGGGAGGAGGACCGGACCUCGAGCAGCUGCGAGCGCACGCGAGCUGGCCAUGGCCGCGGGGGCAGCGCCCUGAGCCUGUCCCGCGCCCGCGGGCCCAGCCGAGCAGGGGAGCUCCCGGGGAUGCCCCGGUGGCCCGGAGUGCGGGGAGCGGCAGCCGCGCGGUGAGGGUAGCGGGACCCGGGACUGCGAGGAGCUGCUGCCGCCGUUGCCGACCCCCAUGGCCUACAUGCCGGGUGGAGGUGCCCCAGCACCGGGGGUGGCCCCCGUGGGCUCCCAGUACUGCGUGUGCAAGGUGGAGCUGUCAGUGAGUGGCCAGAACCUGCUGGACCGGGACGUCACCUCUAAGUCCGACCCCUUCUGUGUCCUCUUCACAGAGAAUGAUGGCAGGUGGAGCGAGUAUGACAGGACAGAAACUGCAGUCAACAACCUCAACCCCGCUUUCUCCAAGAAGUUCGUCCUUGACUACCACUUUGAGGAGGUGCAGAAGCUCAAGUUUGCCCUCUUCGACCAGGACAAGUCCAGCACGCAGCUCGAGGAGCACGAUUUCCUGGGCCAGUUCUCCUGCAGCUUGGGCACGAUCGUCUCCAGCAAGAAGAUCACUCAGCCUCUGCUGCUGAUGAAUGACAAGCCUGCGGGGAAGGGCUUGAUUACGAUUGCUGCCCAGGAGCUUUCAGACAACCGGGUCAUCACGCUGAGCCUGGUGGGCAGGAAGCUGGAUAAGAAGGACCUCUUUGGGAAGUCAGACCCAUUUCUCGAGUUUUAUAAACCAGGAGGUGAUGGCAAGUGGAUGCUGGUCCACAGGACUGAGGUGAUCAAGUACACGCUGGACCCCGUGUGGAAGCCAUUCACUGUGCCAUUGGUGUCCCUGUGUGAUGGGGACAUGGAAAAGCCCAUUCAGGUUAUGUGCUAUGAUUAUGACAACGAUGGGGGCCAUGACUUCAUCGGUGAGUUCCAGACCUCGGUGUCACAGAUGUGUGAGGCUCGUGACGGCAUCCCGCGGGAGUUUGAGUGUAUCAACCCCAAGAAGCAGAAGAAGAAGAAGAACUAUAAAAACUCGGGCAUCAUUAUCCUGCGUUCCUGCAAGAUAAACCGGGACUACUCCUUCCUGGACUACAUCCUGGGAGGCUGCCAGCUCAUGUUCACUGUUGGGAUAGACUUCACAGCCUCCAAUGGAAAUCCCCUCGACCCUUCCUCUUUGCACUAUAUCAACCCCAUGGGCACCAAUGAAUAUUUGUCAGCCAUCUGGGCUGUUGGGCAGAUCAUUCAGGACUAUGACAGUGAUAAGAUGUUUCCAGCUCUGGGCUUUGGGGCGCAGUUACCCCCAGACUGGAAGGUCUCCCAUGAGUUUGCCAUCAACUUUAACCCCACCAACCCCUUCUGCUCAGGCGUGGACGGCAUCGCCCAGGCAUAUUCGGCUUGCCUGCCCCACAUCCGCUUCUAUGGUCCCACCAAUUUCUCGCCUAUCGUCAACCACGUGGCCCGGUUUGCGGCCCAAGCCACGCAGCAGCAGACAGCCAUGCAAUACUUCAUCCUCCUUAUCAUCACGGACGGUGUCAUCAGCGACAUGGAGGAGACGCGGCACGCCGUGGUGCAGGCCUCCAAGCUGCCCAUGUCCAUCAUCAUCGUGGGCGUGGGUAACGCCGACUUCGCUGCCAUGGAGUUCCUGGACGGGGACAGCCGCACGCUGCACUCCCACACAGGGGAGGAGGCAGCCCGCGAUAUCGUGCAGUUCGUGCCCUUUCGAGAAUUCCGCAACCCUCCCAUAGACAAAUUCAUCCUGAAACGUUACUCCCAGGCACCUCGAGUGCUCAGGCGGCAAAAGAGACCUUGGCGAAAGCUGUGCUGGCAGAGCUGCCCCAACAAGUUGUUCAGUAUUUCAAGCAUAAAAACCUGCCCCCCACCAACUCGGAGCCCGCCUGAGUGCCAGCCCUCACCCAGCAGCAGCAUGCCGGCUGGGCCUCCCACCCUCCCCAGGAACAUGCACGCUCACCCUGCUUCCUUGUGGGUGGCCUUUUUUUUUUUUUCUUUUAAACUGAUCCACAUUUUUAUUUUCUACAACCGGACCUCCACCCCCAACUUCCUCCAGCCCAGCUGGGCUUCCUUUAUUGGAGUCGACUGAUGAUACUUCCAGGCCAAACUGGCUUCCUCUCCCCACCCUUGCCACUCUUAAGUAUUGAAUGUACUUUGUAUAAUUUUAGUGGAAUUGUUAUUAAAGAGAAUAAAAUUUUUACAAUCAUAA